AUGCUCGCGCAUCGGGCCUGUCAUUGGUCUGUGCGAGAGACAGAAAGCUGGUGUAGACGACCGGCGCUAUGCUUCGACUGUGCAGACAAGGCAUGUCUAGCGGGUCAGGUGACGUCGCGAUCUACUCGCGUGGUGAGCGCUAGCAUGACUGAGUUACUACACUCGUUUUGUGUACUACUCGCCCUAAAGUGA